ACUUUUUGCUCACUAAAAACAAAUCAAAAACUUUUGCGUCUCCGCUUUUUCGUUUUUUGAAGCGUGCAACGCACAAAAAUGGCCCUGACUGAGAAUUGCAGGACUUAUCAAACGCCCAAGGACAGUGGAUGUGCUCAGAGUUGCUCUUCUGAUGUGGUUGAGCUCAAUGUAGGUGGACAGGUGUACUACACUCGCCAUGCCACCCUCACCAGCGUGCCAAACUCUCUGCUGGGGAAAUUAUUCUCAACUAAAAAGGACAUUUCCAACGACCUCGCGCAGGACAUCAAGGGGCGCUACUUCAUCGACAGGGACGGAUUUCUCUUUCGAUAUGUGUUGGACUAUCUCCGCGAUAAGAGCGUCGUACUGCCGGAUUAUUUUCCCGAGAAAGGGAGGCUCAAACGCGAGGCUGAGUUCUUCCAGCUGCCUGAGCUCGUCAAAAUCCUGACACCAGAUGAAAACAUCCACGGUGAUUUUGACGAAGCAUCCCAGGGAAGCGAUCAGAGGUUGUUCCCCUCGUCUUACCUGGACGCGCGCGAUAGGCGCUACGGCUUCAUCACGGUGGGAUACAGGAGCCCAUGCGCCUUUGGGAGGGACACGGAUGCCAAAACUCGCGGACUACCCAAAAUCUUCAUCUGCGGAAGGGUCGGUCUGGCCGAAGAAGUUUUUGGGGACACCCUAAACGAGAGCCGGGAUCCCAACAGGCCAGCCGAGCGCUACACCUCUCAGUUUUACCUGAAGUUUCGCCACCUGGAGCGAACGUUUGACAUGCUCGCGGAGAGCGGCUUCCACAUCGUGGCGUGCAAUUCAUCGCUCACCGCUUCUCCGCACAACAGACGCACUGAUGACAGAUACUGGUCCAAUAACGCAGAGUAUGUCUUCUACCGUGGCCCAUCCGGAUGGUCUUCUUCUCACUGCGACUGCUGCUGCAAGAGCCACAAGAGCGAGCGCGAGGGUGAGAGUGGCACUUCCUUCAACGAGCUCUCCCCUCCCUGUUCCGAGACCCAAUCGGAAGCCAGCUCUCCGCAGGAAACGGUCAUCGUGCGUCCGGUCACCCGCCAGCCCAACAUCCAGACUCUGGACCGGCCGGUGAAAAAGGGUCCGACCCCGAUUCCCAGGAGGACCGAUCUGCUCCGCGUUCGAACCGCCGGGCCGCGUGACGCCAUGGCAGGGAAGAGGAAGCCGGCCAAGGAGAAGCUGACUCCGGAGCAGGAGCUGGAGAAAUGCAUCCAGGACUUCCGGCGGAUUAAAAUUCCAGAGCGCUUUCCGGAGAAGAAGUACAUGUGGCAGUCGGAGCUCUUGAAAAAAUAUCGGCUCUAAAAUGAUUUCCUGCAGGCUCGCCGAGCCUAUUAGUGCACAACACAACAGAGCUCUCAGCGCAUACUUCUUCUUUGCUUAGGCUUAAUUGGCUCGUCUGUGUAAUCAUGCGGCAAGAUGCACAAUUAACAAUUCAGUGAACCUCAAGUGACUCCUAAAGGGACCGGUCCUGUUUGGCACAAUGACAUUAAAGUCGAAACCAAUUUCACGGCAUCUAGACAAACCUCUCAAAUAAAAAAACAGAUUGUAUAUAUACACAAUAAUCACAAGUGUGUAUUACUUGGUGAUGCUCAUAGUCGGUGCACGGACAGCACUGCACUUUUGUACGGCGUUCCACCUGUAGAUGCAAUGCACAUAUGAGAACGGCAGGAUUCGUAUGUGAAUGUGGUUUGCAUUAUUCGA